AUGGGUACCCAAACGUUUGGGACGGCCGUCUACUCUCUCGAGAUACCGAGCAUUUACUUCGGGGUUACCAUUGGUCUCGUGAUCCUCAUUACCGUGAAAGCUUGCCAGCAAACAAUUUUGAUCUACAUGAGAACGAGUUCAAUCUUCAACAUCUACGUGUGGAUGAUCUGGGUCUUACUCAUUGCCAAUCUUCUCCAGGCCAUCAUCAACUGGCUCUUCAUCCGCGGUGAUUUGGCGGGAACCUUUGGCUUCUUCUUCGGGAGCUGCAUUUUGUGGACACUACAGACGCAACUAGCCCUUCAAAUUAUUGCCAACCGACUGAGUCUCAUCAUGGUUGACAAGAGAAGGGUAACCAUCAUGAAGAUAUCUCUGCUCAUUGUGGUCGGCAUCAUCAAUAUCUCGGUUGCCUGCAUAUGGAUCCCGGCGCGUCUCACACAGGCAGAACACAUGGUGCGAAUCAACGAGAUCUGGGAUCGCAUGGAGAAGAUCAUUUACCUCUUGAUCGAUCUUACUCUGAACUCAAUCUUCCUCCGUAAAGUUCAUCGGGAACUGAUUGCCGGAGGCUUGACCAAGUACCGGCUGCUAUUCAAUUGCAAUAUCGUCGCGGUCUCUAUUUCUUUAUCUAUGGAUAUUCUCAUCAUUGUUAUGAUGUCACUUCCAAAUCCCUUUCUUUACGCCAUCACUCAUCCUGUAGCAUACAGUGUCAAACUCGUCAUUGAGAUGAUGAUGGCUGAUCUGAUAUCGACUAUUGCGCGAACACCACACCAGCUUCACAGUCUUUCGGGACUUUCGCAGGCAUAG